UCAAAAGGUGAUGAAUCGCUUGAAGCAGCUACAUUAAUAGCACGAGUAGUCGAACACUCUCCAACCUUGAAUCAACAAAACUUUAAUGUAAGCCGCGGUAAAGGCAUUAAAGGCAGUAAUUUAACGUACCUCUUCGUUGAUGCAGUCAAGGCAAGAGCUAUGAUUCAUUUUUCUGAGUCUUUAUGGAAAAUUUGA